AGCUAAAUAGAUUGAGAUUGAAGUUAGAGAUAAAUAAAAAUUAUUGUAUGAAUAUGUAUUUACUUUUUAUUAUAUUUAUCAGCUUAACAUUAAUUGGCUCUUUUCCGGUUUUCAAGGAAAUAUUUUUCAUCGGUAAAAUCAACGAAAGAAUAGAAAAAAGUUGCACAGCGAAUGGAUAUUACAAUAUUUUGUAAAGCAUAUGUUGAAUCGUAUACAUUAUUUCUGAAUUGAUUCUGCAGUCAAAUUCAAGAUGAAUGGAAUAAUUCUUGUCUUUGUUUUCGUCGUAGUAAUUUCUUUUGCUGAUUUCAUUACGGCUGAAGAUUCCUCCAACUUGAAUAAAAGUACAGUUUCUGAUAACGUAGAAAAAGCUGCUCGUAUUUUAAACGAUAUUGACAACGGGUUUAAGUAUGUUACGAGUAAUGUCGCUCGAUUGAUGCUUCCUCUUAUGUUGAAAAUUACCCAAGAAGUAAAUGUAUCUCGCUCGUGCGUAAAAGAUGGGAUGCAUUUUUUGAGAGAUUUAAAACAAAAUAAAGGCUGGACACUAAAAUUGAUCGAUUCAUUUGGAAAACCAUUGGGAUUAUUUAGAGGAAAAUACUGGUACCACGGAGAUUACGAUCAAUGUUUGAAUAUCGAAGUUAAAGACGAUAAAAUAAGCAAAAGAGAUAAAAGUAUAAACACGAUUUAUGGGAAAUUUUGUUCAUUAACUUUUGGAGUUAAUUCGUAUAAUUUUAAUGACGUGCCAGAAGAUAAUAAAACUAGAAAAGUCUUUACAUUGUUCAGAGAUUUUGUGAAACCGUUUCCGGUGAGUAUAAUGAUUAAAAUGGCAAAGUAUUUGAAAAUUGUACGUCGUAUGGAUAUUUGCAUACCGAGUAAAUGUAGUCGAGAAGAUGUACAAAAUAUUCUUCAAUGGGCUGUGAAAGAGCCUUACAGAGCAGAAGUUAAAUUCUGCAAAGUGAAAGACGAGAAGGUUCGCUUUACUACAAGUCAAAUAAUUUGCAUAAUCGGCAUCAUCAUCUUUAUCAUUUGUGUUUUUACUGGAACAAUUCUACACACUCUGUUAACGCUGAAUAUAAUAAAUGUUCUCAACUGUAAAGGCCACAUUCUGCAUAAUUUUGUUUCACUUUCAUUAAUUACGUCGACUCGAAAACUCUUCAGUAUGGAUUUCGAUAGAAAGACACGAUUCUUAUGUGGAAUAAAAUUCUUACUUGUCUGUUUGGUGGUAUUUUGUCAUAUGAUCACUUAUACGACAUUUACAUAUACAACGACAGAACAAUUGUACGACUUUUCAAUUCUGUCGACUAAUGCUUCUCUAGAGAUUAUGUCUCAAGGAUUAUCUAUGAUUGAAAUAUACUUUUUUCUGAGUGGUUUUCUAACAUUCUAUCUGCAACGAAUGGAUGAAAAAAGACCUGCAUUAUACUACUUAAUGUUUCUAAUCAAGCAAUACAUCAGAAUGACUUUUCCUUCGCUUUGCUUAUUGGCUUUUUUCAUACUUCUGCCUCUUUGUGGCGAAGGACCACACUGGGAUCUCGUAUAUAAAGAAGCGGAAAACGUUGAGAAAUACUGGUGGAGAUAUAUCCUUCAAAUUCAGAAUUUCUACUACAAUAGCAUAUCUUAUUCUCUACACACAUGGUUCCUGAAUGUGUUGAUGCAAUUAACUGUAAUUUUAGUUCCUUUGUUAUACAUUAAAGAUAGAUGGCCAAGAAUUGGAACUCUAUUAUUGUACAUAUUGACAAUAGCAGGAAUCGUAUCAUACGUUUCUGAAUCAUUAAUUAAGAAAUGUUUCGUGAUCAUUGGUGUAUCAUUAAAUUUAGAAAAUCUUGAGAAGUUGCUGGAUAGUAUAUACAUCAAACCUUACUUAUCACACCUAAGUUCUUAUUGCUUGGGCUUAUUAAUUGGACACGUUUUAUCGGAAAAAAAACAAUUGAAAUUCGGAAAGAGGACUCUCAUUUCGUGUUGGAUUACGACAACUUGUUUGAUAGGAUUGGCUUUCUUCGGUUUGCACAAUUACAGACUUGAUCCUUCUCCAAAUGAAUCAGUAAUAGCUGCUCAUCAGAUUCUUACUCCAUUUGCGUGGACAGCCAUAAUAGCUUGGAUAUGUGUUGCGUGCAUUUCGGGAUACGGAGGUGUUGUAAAUAAAUUUUUAUCUUGUGACUUUUUCGUCGUAAUGGAUCGACUAACAUUUUGGAUUUAUAUUCUGAAUCCUCUUUUUUUCCUCUAUAUUAAUGCAGACAGAAGAAACCCUCACUUUCUUACAGAAAUAGAUAUGUGCAUGUUAUACUUAUUGGUGUUGUCAGUCUCUAUUGUUGGAUCUGUUCUCUGCUACCUCUUCCUGCAAAUCCCGUUUUCAUAUAUUGUGAACAAAGUAUUUUCACCGGAAAGUUUCACAGAAAAUAUCCAUAAAGAUGAUAAAAAUCACAAAUUGGAAACAAAGAAAAAAAUUUCCUAAUUUCCAAUACAAGUAUUUUUAAGAUGUCCGCAGAACCGUAAAGUCGAACAUCGUACCUGGCGCCUCCGUUUCAAUUUUAAUUACAUAAAAUAUCAAAUUAAAUAUUACUUUCUGGUUUUUCAAGAAAUUUCAAUUUUGUGAAUGUUUAGAAAUUAUAGAAAAAAC